UACAGCCAGCCUUAAGCUGCUUCGUGGCGGAGAGGUCUAGGAAAAACCUAACAUGUGUAUCUUUAUAUAGGAGUGUGAUAGCACGCGGACUCAUCGGUAGAAAUUGUUUCCUUUACGCCGAUUAGACUACAAGGUAAGACCCAGGAGCUGGGAUUCGAUCAGUUUCUUAUGGGAAACCGAGCAGCACGGGUCCUUCCUUUCGAUCGCAUUUUGCCAUCUGUUUACAGUCUUAGUGUAUUGCAUGCUGACCUUACUCCGCUGCGAUCGUGUGUAGGUGUGAGUGUUAAUUUUUGUUUAAUUCUGUGCGCUUCCGGCUCUACAUUCCCGCGGAUCGUCGGUUGCUGUCGUGAUCAUUCGUUAUACAAUUCGGCGAACCAGCGACGCUACACCAUAAGGGCUACAGCAUCCCCGACCUGGCCGAAGGUACGCGCGCUACCUUUUGAGGUGGUUCUGACUCUGAGGUAUCAUUCGACCCGUCGACGGAAUUAGGCAAAGCGCAAUUCUUCGCGUUGUAAACCUAUGACGAGUGUAUAACAAAUACCGUCUUUCUUUCCAUUUAUUUUUAUUGAAUUGUAUUAUUUCCCAAUAUUCUUGUACCUAUAUGGUUUUUCGUCUACCUGCCAUUGGAGUUCUUUAAUUACGACGACUAACUGUAUAUUUCAUUUAAUUAAUAAACAAAUCCCUUAAAACUUAUGUACCAUAUACUCAUUUGUAAAUCCGUACACUCUACUAAAUGUUAACAAAACCGCGAACGUGCAUGAAGCUUAUGUUUCGACUCACAUGUAUAUUUUAGAUAGCAGUGACAGCACACAUGCAGACUAAAUAGUUGUCGAUCGUUUGCAGUGAAAAACGUAAGAAACUCACUACAAUCAGCGUUGUUAGGCGUAUAGGUGUAAACUAUAUAUACUGUAAACUAUAGUAUUGUACACGUCACUUUUUUAUUUUUUAUAACAUUUUUGUUUAAACAAUGCAAAUCAAGGCGCCGCGAUUUCACUUUUGAACACUAACGCUGAAAUGACAUGAUAUUGAGAGCGCAGCUCCUGUUAGAUGGCGAAACCUACACUAUUUAUACGGUGAAUGGGUUUGGCAAUCUGAUAUAUUUCGGUAUCUCAGUUCAAUCUCAAUGAAUUUAUACAUCUUGUUUGCAGCUUUUGUGUACUACAUUUAUUUAAUUUAACUUUAACUUCUUCACAGUACUUACGUAUAUUUGAUAAAGGACGAGUUUAUACGUUUCCACUUAAAAAAAUUUCGUAAGUUAAGUUAAAAUGGAGCAAAUUCAACCAGAGAAAAUACAAGUGGUAGUAAAAAGUGUACCUAGUAAUGGAAUAAUACUUCAGAAUACUAAAGGUAAAAGUUUGAACGAAGAGGAAAUCAAGACAACUGAAUAUUUUUUAGAAGUUGAAGAGCAAGAUUCAGAUGGCGAUAUUCAUCAAGCUCAAUACGUAACAAUAGAAAACCAAUGUGAAGAUUCUCAGGAUGUUGAUUCUCAAUUUGUACCGUUAGAGAUAGAUGAUAAUGGUCAAAUAAUUUUAGAAGACAAAGAUGUGAUUCUCUGGGAUGAGCUAUGUAGGAUAUGUGCCAAUACUAGUGACAAAGUAGUUCCAAUAUUUUUUGGUGAAGGGCUCAAACAUAACCUAUGUAAAAAAAUUGAAAAUUACUUACCAUUCAGUGUUUCUGAGGAAGAUACACUUCCACUUCAAGUGUGUUAUAAUUGUGCAGCAACAUUGCUAGCUUGGCAUGAGAUGACCCAAAAUUGUCUCAGCGCUCAGCAACGUCUCAUAGAACUACAAAAUAAAUUAAACUUAAAAAAUCAGGUGCAAAAUAGUGUUAGUGUGGGUGAAGAUGAGGAAAUAAUUGAUAAUGGAACUGAAAUGGAAACUACCAGUAAUCAAGACGAUCAAGUUGAAGAUGAGAAAAAAAUUGAACUAGAGGAUGUACCAAUUAUUAAUGAAUCAGAAACAGACAGAACCGAGCAGCACCAGCAGCACCAGCGGCGGCAACGGCAGCAGAAGGAAAGCUCCACCAGCUACAUAUGCCGGACGUGCGAUCGACUCUACGAACAGGAGGUUGACCUAAUAAAGCACAUGCGCCUCGAUCACGAAACGAAAGCUACGGCUACACGUUACGAAUGUGACACCUGCGGCAGAUCUUACUUGUCUAAGUUGAAGCUGCUGAAACACGUGCUUCUUCACGAGCGCCGCACACUGUGCAAGAGCAUGCUUCAAGCGGAGGAGCAAGUGAUCGAGAGCAGCAAAGUCUUUGAUCGGCAAACUCACAAGCUCAAGUUCAUCUGCCAGUUAGAGGAUUGCAAUGCUGUGCUGAAGAGUCGACGUGGAUUUCUGAGGCACAUGCGCGUUCACGAGGAUCGUCGGCCAAUCAUCUGCGAGCACUGCGGCAAGUGUUAUCGCAUCGAGGAUGAUCUCAAGCGACACAUCGACGAUGUCCAUCGCAAAAUUAAGCGAUACGAGUGCGACAUUUGCAACCGGUUCUUCGCGGCCAAAGGAACACGCGACGCUCAUCGCCGCAUCCACACUCGGGAGAAACCUUUUCCGUGUCCCGAGUGCGACAAACACUUUCGCUCGGUCAAUCUUUUGGGUAUACAUCGACGAAUUCACAAGGAUCUUCGGCCUUUUAAGUGUUCCUACUGCCCAAUGGCCUUCCGCGAGAAACAAAAGUGUCAGCAUCACGAAGCUGCCAUUCACACCAAGAAUAAGCCUCACAAGUGCGAUCAGUGUAAUCGCCAGUUCGCCGCCAAGGGCGAACUCAAUCGACAUCGUAGUGUCCAUUUUCCAGAGCAUAGACCUUACAUGUGCUCGGAAUGUAAAAUUGGUUUCAGACUUAGUCGUUACCUGCGUACCCAUAUCAAACGUUAUCAUGCCAAAGAGGCUGAAACCAUGCUCAACAAUCUCCAACGCCUCUGUCACGUAAAAGUUACCUUCAAAGACGAGUCAAAACAAGCUCUUGUCACUUAAUCGUAAUCGUUUGAUGAGAAUAUUUUUUAAGCUAACUUCUUUUUACUUUUUAUUCGGUAAUUGUAGUUCAUAUAAGUUCAUAAGUUUUAUUUUUAUCCAUGUGAUAUGUCGAAGUAGUUUGUAGAUUAGUGAUCCUUUUUUUUGAUGAUUAUGAAGAUGCGUUCCGAGGAUCCUAAAGUGAGAAAAUUACGUACAUUUUGUUGAGUUUUGGCUGGUUCUUAAUCUCACAAAUCGCGUUAGAUAAAUUUUAGUGAAAUAAUAAUUUGUUACGGUAGAACGAAGUUUUCUACAUUGUUAUGAAAACGCUCGUAUGAAUCUAACAAGAAAUAUAGCUUUUCUUUUAUAGUAUUAUAAAAGUAUCAUUCGUUAAAUGAAUUAUUAGAUAAAAUAUAUUUUUUUAUUGUUGAGUUCUUGUACUUAUAAGUAUAAUUCAAUACUCAUAUAUACACUAUUUAUAUCAAUAAUUUAAUACUAAAUGUUAAGUUUCAAGGCUUCGUGUAUAUUUUAAUAUAAUUUAUAUUUAUUUUAAUAUAUUAAUUUAAAUAUAAUUGUUCCUACU